UUUCGGUCACCACCACUCGUCUCGUACAGUGUGAGUGAAGCCGGUCGGCACCCUCCUCUUACCGCCCGGUGCGCGCGUAGGCGCGGGCGCCGAGGUCUCCGAGGCGGCGCCCGCGAGCAGGCCGGAGUGCGGCGAGGCGCGCCCGCGCGCGCGCUCUGCCCUCGCCGGGCACCACGGCUCGACGCGACCCCCGCCGGGCCGAGCUCUUCCGGCGGCUCGACGCCGCCUGCGACGCGCGCCGCGGCGGACCGCCGUCUCCCCCGCAUUUCGCCCCGUAUCCUCCGCCGCCGCCGCCGGAGGCUCCCGAGGAGGACGACCAGCCCAUCUGGCCGCCCCGCAGCCGCUACUGGGAGCGCUACAAGUCUCUACGGAAUAUGGAGUCAAACCUGGAAAAUUCCAUGAUCGGUUCUACUGUGAACUCUGUGUCUCUACCAUCUGGGAAGAGACAAAAGACAUUAUCUGAUACAGAUGGUGACCAGUAUGAUGGUGCAUCACAGCAAGUAGUCAUUUAUGGGAAUGACAAAAGUGUUAUGGGACAAGAUGAACAGAGUGAAAGCCAUUUCACACUUGAACCAUCAAAGCCAUCAAAGACACCAAAGCGUGCAUCGGGGAAGAAGAUUGGAGCCUUUGCUGUCCAAUGUGCUAAGUGCCAGAAAUGGAGACUUGUUUCAACAAAAGAGAAGUAUGAAGAAAUUCGAGAGCGAAUUAGAGAAGAUCCUUUUGUCUGUGAAAAAGCCCGUGAGUGGAAGCCUGAUGUGACAUGCAAUGAUCCAUCAGAUGUAUCACAGGAUGGCAGCAAGCUUUGGGCAAUUGAUAAACCUGACAUUGCACAGGCCCCUCAAGGAUGGGAAAGGUUGAUUAAGAUAAGAGGUGAAGGAAGCACCAAAUUUGCUGAUGUGUACUAUAGGUCCCCUACUGGAAUUCAGCUGAGAUCAACGAAUGAAGUUGAGAAGUACCUUGCAGAGCAUCCAGAAUACGUAGCGCAAGGUGUGGAUUUAUCUCAUUUUUCAUUCAAGUCACCUGCACCACUACAGAAGGACUAUGUUAGAAAGCGUUCCCAGACAAGCCAAAGUGGUGUCACAUGUACAGGAUCAAAUAAACUUCUCCAACCGAAAGAAGCCUGGGACAUUUGCGUCAUCGCUUGCUCCAGCCAUGUGGACAUGUAUUCAUGUCCUCACCCCAACCAUCUGUGCAACCCAUCUCCUGGGCAGCUCCAUUGGGGAACAACAAGCAGCUGGUGAUCUACAACGAAGAUCAGCCUGAAGCGGUACAAUCCGAACCGCUGGAGCUGACAAAACCCGAGAGCCCGCCGGCACCUGCUGUCUAACCCAAUAACCAAGCAUCCGGCAUGCCCAGUCCCAACUUUUGGGUGGUCUUCAAGUGAUGCAAAAGUAUAGAUGGUGUGCUUCUACUAGGACUAGAAAGACUUGGUUCCCGUAAACCGUAGCUAGGUAGGUAGCUGUGCCGUGCUCAUGCUAGCUGCUUUAUUGGUUCGUUGUCUUGGUAACCAGGACCGGAUUGGAAGGCCGUGUGUUGCUUUCGAUCGACGCCGCUCUGGCGACGUGUGAUGUAGGAGUGUGCAUGUGUUAUAACGUAGCUGUUGGUGGUCAGAUGAAACUCUGAGAAUUUUUGGGACGACAAUGCAAGAACGUGCGUGUCGUCGAAGUGGGAAGGUAUUAAGACUUGGACUGGGUUAACUGUUGGCAUCCAUGCCUGGCGUCGUC